AAGAGGAGGGAAAUUAAAGGGGGGAAGUGAAGCAAGAGGGCACUACUUCCUCGUAGCCUUUACAAUCAAAACAUUAUUCGUGCGCAAUGGCUGAGUCUGCAUCGUUGAAAGGACAUUUUCUAAUUUAACACCUGGGGAAGCUCCCCGAACAGCGUUUGUUGCACCAUGCUUCAGUUGAACGACACAAUGGAGCCGGAGAGUCCUGGCGCUGCGAUUCUCCACACUGCAGAAACAGAGGAGGGAGUCGAGGUUGCCUUCACGCCGCCGGAGGCCGGACGAAGCCUCGGACACGGAGCCUCAGUGGCCUGCUGCCCCCCGUUACAAACGCUGACGCCUUUUCAUGUGCAUAACCCCACAAUCCAAGCGAAAGUGAAGGACUAUUUCGUGUUCCGGCCAGGUACCAUUGAGCAGGCUGUGAGCGACAUCAGGACUGUGGCACUCCCUUCUGAGGAUGGAGAGGUGCUCAGCGUCUGGCUGCUAGCUGAAGUUGACCACUGGAACAAUGAGAGGGAGAGACUUGUGCUUAUAACUGAUAGGUCACUGCUGGUGUGCAAGUACGACUUCAUCAACCUGUUGUGUCAGCAGGUCGUCAGGAUCUCUCUCAAUGCUGUAGAUACCAUCUCAGUGGGCGAGUUUGAGUUCCCACCCAAAUCCCUGAACAAGAGAGAAGGCUAUGGGAUUCGUGUCCAGUGGGACAAACGUCCUCGGGCCUCGUUCUUAAACCGCUGGAACCCCUGGUCCACAGACAUGCCCUACGCCACCUUCACAGAGCACCCCAUGGCCCACGCUGAUGAGAAGGUGGCCUCCCUCUGCCAGUUGGACAACUUUAGGACCCAGCUGGUGCAGGCAGUAAAGAAAGCCCAUAAGGAGCACCCCAUCCCAGGUCGGGCUAACGGUGUCCUGAUCCUGGAGAGACCCCUGCUUAUCGAAACCUAUCUGGGCAUCAUGUCUUUCAUCAACAAUGAGGCUAAGUUGGGCUACUCCAUGACCCGUGGCAAGAUUGGCUUCUAAAAUCCACAGUUUCUCCAAAUUCAACCCAUGUGUCUGUGUUACACUGCACUGUCUAAGGGAAGAUGUCGCUCCACUUCAGUGUAAUGUGCAACCAAUCUCUGUGUGUAAGUUGAGCCCAUGAGAUGUCCACACCUCCUUAAGUUGGUGUUACAGACAAGUGGUCAGCCUACUGUAGGUAAAUGAUGCACAGCACUGCAUGGACUGUCAACUCUUUUGUUUUUGCACUCCCAGUCCCUUUCCUUCAAGGAGCUGCUUGCAGAUCUGCCAUAUCCACGUGGGCCCUCAGGAGUGUAUGCCCAUGUGACAUAAGUUGGAGAGAAAGGACACAGCACAGCAUCAAUUUAUCACCUCUGUACUAUAUCUAGAUUGAGCUACUUGUCUCUCAUGCUCCUUGUUUAACCGCUGACUGACAGACUAAUGUGUCAAACUAAUGUGAUGUUUAGAUUUUGGUAGAAGAAUGCAAACAUCAGGGUCAUUAUUUCAGGGUUAAAGAUGUGCUUUGUUAUGCAGCAAAAAAAGGCCACCCAGAAAGCAGUGAAACCGUAAUACAUCAGCCAAGAAUAUGUUCCAUAUUUGCUACAUUAAUAUGGUCUGAAAUGAAGAAUUGUGUUAUUCAGAUCAUAUGGCCAUAGUGUAGCUUUGUGGAAUGAAAUAGCUGAUGCGUUGAGUUUAACGGUCAUGUCACAUGAUUAUUGUAAUAAAUGUUACUGAUAGGGAAACUCUUCCAGGAUAUGCAGUGCUAUACUGAAAAGCUCUGGGCUCAGCUGUGUUACUUGUGGAAAAUAACAGCUGUAAUACACUUUUCAGCAUCCAUGAAACUUGUUCAGUGGAAUCGUAGAAAAGGUUUAGGUCGUAGUCAUCUGGACACUGUUUUCAGAAACAAGAUGUUUCGGCUCCCAUCCGGAAGGGAGCCGAAACAUCUAAAAACAGUGUCCAGAUGACUACGACCUAAACCUUUUCUAUGAUGGAACACUCCUGGACGAAUGAGGGACUACACCAUCUUGUUCAGUGGAAAUAAUAAUUACAUGUUGUGACCUUCCUCUCUUUUUAGGCCUAUGUUGUGCUCUCCAUGUUUACAUUGGCCUAAAUUAUGUCACUGCUCAGAAUAGGGAGCUGAUGUACCACUUGGAGAACUGCAUUAGCUACUAUAGCUAAAAUGUUCUUGUAUGUUAAACAGAUGUUUUAUGCAACAGGAACUUGUAAUCCAUGUUUAAAUGUUUGUUUGUCAGUUACCUUAAAGGGUCCUGGAACUUGCAUUCGUUUUAGGCACACAUUUGCACUCAGCUGCAUUAAACUCUGCAGUGGGAAUAAUGGUUGGCUUACAAAAUGAAAUACAUGUAAACAAAGCUUUGCAUCGGUUCAUUAACCACAUACUGUUGUAUCUUGUGAACAGGAUUUAGCUGAUUUCUUUAAACCAUUGUGCUACCAAAAGGUAACAGGCCAUAUUUUCAUGCUCAACAAUGCCAAUGAAUAAUUGUGUCCCAAAAUGCCCUUUUCUGGUCAUAACUUGUUAUGCAUGUUCCCUGCAUGUUGAGUUUGCAUGACAGAUGUUUUUUAAAAGGAUUAUCCUAAAUGGAUUUGUGAAUACUAAUUAGGUUUUAUUUAUCUGUUGUUAUUUUGAUGCAGUUAAUUCAUGAAUGCCUCUAGAAAUAUUUCAUCGCCAGUUUAAGUAUUUUAUUUAGGGAUUUUAAAAGAGAUUAAUUCGUUAUUACAAUGUGAAGGCUUACUUUUUGUGCUAGAUAUUUGUAGCGCAGUAGCCACAAUGAAGAAUAAUAAAUGCCUACAUGUUCUUGUCGGGGCCUUGGCUCUGGUCAUUGUUAAGUGCAUUUACAUUAUGUUCGUACUGUCAAGGACUGCAACAAAUUGAUUAAGUUGCUGUACAGUUCACGCUUUUAUAAAUGGGACAUCCUGCAGACAGAUGAUGCCUUGCAGCCAUGUAAUACGGCCCUAAUAUCUUUAGUACUGCCUGUUUGUGGUUUGGAUUAUUUCUGGCAUUUCAGUUUGGUCAUAGUGGGUAACAACUAUUAAAUCCUACCAGUAAUGAUGCAGCAUUUCCAGAUUAAAGAUGAUGCCACCCAUAUGUCAUUAAGCACUGUACAAUGCUUUAAAAAAAAUACACAUUGAAAAACC